GAAAAAAUUAGAGCUUUCAUCUCUCAUCUCUCUCUCUCUCUCUCCUUUGCUCUAAUUUUCCCAGAGAUUCGAGGAGGAAGGAGGAAGAAGAAGAGGAGGGAGAGAGAGAGAGAGAGAGAGGGAGAAGAAGAAACAAAUCGCAUUGAUUUAUGCGAAACUCUCCUACUCGAUUCCUUCUUCGGAUAUCGGAAUUUGAGUAUGGUUCCGGAAUCAACAAGAUUUAGUUUAUCUGGAGAUGAUUUCGAAUUCGAUAUUGAUUUCGAAUUCGAUGCACCUCGGUUCUACGAUUUCUCUAGACCUGAGCUUUAUUCCGAAACCGAAGAUAUCGAAACUUGGUUUCAAUACUCUGGAAACUAUCCUCCUUCACCUUUUAGCCCAAAGUUCAAUUGGAAAUUUGAACCACUUGAGCAAGUUACGAGCAUCGUCGCAGAAUCUAAGCCUGUCGAGGUCACAACCGAAUCCUUGGAUACCGCCGGUCUGAAUCGCAAUGAGAAAUUCAACGGGUUCAUAUAUUAUAACCAAACAGUUAAAGAUGUGUCCAAGAAAAAAAGUUCCAAAUCUAAAACCAAAUCAAGUAUCUCUACUUUAACAAGACCUACGGCUUCUUUGCUUGCAAGGCAGAACAAACCAUUAGACAUUUACUCUGUUCAGCUUCUGACUAGAUGUCAGAGGUCAUUAGCCAAGUUUGGAGAUUACGUAUCUCCGAUUUUAGUCUCUAAGUUACAAAACCAAGAUAUCAAAAGGCAAAAACCAGAAGCUAAGGUGGCUCAUGUCGGCAGAAGAUCCAAACUCACUGUUCCAAGGGAGCCGAAUCUCAGAACUGCAGAAAGAUCUGAAAGACACAGGUCUAAGGUUAACUCAGAAACCGAGAAGAAGAAUGCAAAAACAAGUUCUAAAAUACAAACUAGGAACAAAAAUAUAAACCUGAAACCUUCUUUAACAUCUUUGCCCAAAACUAAUACGCCACGGUGUCAAGAUCUUCAGGCAUUUCGUUUAAGAACAACACUGAGAGCAAAAGAACGCUCUGUAAAUGCUAAAACCGAUGCCAUACAAGAGAAUGAUGCUACCAACUCCAGAACGCUUAAGCGCACUGAUUCCUCAAAAAGUAGGAUAGCCAAAGAAAACCACAGCAGAAAGAUAAAUUGCCCUCUAGACCCAAAGAGAUCAAGCAAAGAAGAACUCGGUGAGGCAACCCAAUUAGAAUAUGGAAACCAGAGCUCCUGCAGGACAGAUAGUAACAGGAGCCUGGAUUUAUGCCGGAAAUUCGAUUCACAGGUUGUUGCUAGAAACCUGAUCACUGCAUAAUCUUCACCUUGAAGAUGUUCUUAUUAUGUUUAUACAUGUAAUACACAUACACAUUCCUAUGUCUAUAUAUAUGUAAACGUGUAUACUUGUUUAAAUAUAUGCAUAGAGAAAGAGAUUGUCUAUUUUUUU